AAAAUUAAAAAAUAUUUGAAUUUAGUUAUUUUUAAUAUUUAUUAAAAAAAACUUGAUAUUUAAUAAUCUAUAUAUAAAUUUUUAUUUUUUUUAUUUUAAUACGAUUAAUAAAUAUACUUAAAGAACGCCUGCUUAGUCAACCGCGCUAGCUAGCAUUUUCUGCAUCUGUUUGCCUUUUCCACUAUCGACAUCAAUAUCACGCCAAAAUUUCAAUCCGGAUCUAUUAUAGAAUUAUCAAACAUCAUAAAAGGAUAUGACUUUAAGAAGACAAAAUAUACCAUCUCCAAAUUCAUAAUGCUAGAUCAGUAUCUCUCGCGAGAAAGCAGACGCGACCAGAACAGGUCUCCGGAGGACAAGAGAAUAUAUUCUCGCAAAUUUGACCUUCAUCAGUACUUUUCCCCUGCAAGCAGAAAUACAAAAAGAUUCAUCUAUUAUGAUAGAUUGAAGAAGGUAUCCAUGGUUCAUGAUGCCAACACCAUAUCCGGAGACCCAAAGACUUUGGUUGUUGCGGUACGUGGAGCUUGUCCGCAUGACGGGAGUGAUUUGGCAACGGAAUCUUCUUUGGGUAUCUUUUUUGGAGAAGGCUCAUUAUUCAAUUUGUAUGACAGGAUUGGAAGGUCUAUAGGGGAACUUCACACCAGCAAUUAUGCGGAACUUAUGGCGGUUUUUCGCGCUUUGGAGCUCAUUAAGGAUAGCUCAUUUUUUGAUGUUUGGAGGGCUGAUGCUGAAAAUGGAGUGUAUUCUACGGCUAUAAUCAUGACAGACUCGGUAUAUGUGUACGAGAGUCUCACGGCAUUGAUUUGGCAGUUGCGCCAAAACAAUUUUCGGGAUGAAAUGGGCAAACCUAUGGUUAAUGGCGAGUUGAUAGACAGAAUCGAUAAGACUAUUUUCGAUCUCACAGAGAGGAAUAUUUGCGUUCGUUUUUGGAGUGUUCCACGAGAGGAUAAUGCGGAAGCUGUCGAGUUAGCAAAUCGGGCUUUGAUACCUGGACCUUAGGUCGUCAAUCAAAUUGCUACGCCGUAUAUACACACGCCAAUACUUUAAAGCAGAAAUUUAAAGUGCUGCGCUGGUAUGGUUUGGACUUCACCAUUCAACAGGCGAAAAUUACGCAGCUUUUCAUUGACCUCGUUCAAUCUGUGGUACUGGCCGGACAGAACAGCAGGGAGAAUUUCGAAAUGCUUCUACCUCCAGAUUAUUUUGAUGGAUAUAUAAAGCAUGGGAAUUUCUUCACAUGGCCCUUUAUCUCGUCCUGUAAAAUAAGGCUAGUCCUUAAGUAUUCAGCGAAUGGGAACCAAUACGUACAGCCAUGUACCAAUUUGAAGGCUUGCGCAAGAGAUUUCACAGCGGAGAGUGUGUUCUCUUUCAGAGUCAUUAAAAGAUAUAACUCAUUCCAAUAAGGAGACAAUCAAUUCGCUUUUAAGCAUCAUGAAGGGCAUGAAGAAGUCCAUGAGUGUCAAUAAGCCGCCGUGCUUCCAAAUUGAACAUGUCGAUAUAUUGUAAAAGAGAGAAGUCGAGAUACGUGCGUCCCGAUAGCACACUGUGAGGGGGUAUAGGAGGAGAAGGCUGAGUGGAUAUAUUGUAACUAGUUAUUUAUAGAGGAAUGGGUUUCACAAUGACUUUGGGGUUAUUAUAAUAAGUCUAGUACCCU